UUUGUCUUUCAUAACCAGACUUGGAAUAAAUAGUUGCUUUCCGACCAGACUGCAAAGAUAUCACCUUGGAAAACACAGAAUCCAGCUCUCUGCACACAAUGUUUUACCUUUCAGGAUUCGUUGGCCUCCUCUUAGUCUUAACAGCUGAGGCAAGAGUUGGAAACUCAUCUGAGUUGGACUUCUGUUCUGAGACAGAUGAAUGCUGCCUGUUUGAUCUCAUUUGUCGCACUGACGAUUACGAAGUCCGUCACUAUGACUCUGUCAGUUGGGUUUCAACUAACGAAUCAUCCUUGAUCAUGGAGGUUGCAAACAUGAGGGCAUUCAGACGACUCUUUACCUACAUCAACGAAAAUAAUGUCAAAAUGACAACUCCCGUUCUCCUCAAACUCUCUGACAACACGAAAUUCUGGCAAAGUGGUACCUACACAAUGAGUUUCUUGCUGCCAUCCAAACAUCAGAAGAAUCCCCCCAAACCUACUGAUGAUAGGGUCUACAUCGAGACGAUUCCAGACAUGAAAGUGUACGUGAGGAGCUACGGAGGAUGGAUGUUGAAGAUUAGAGACCAAAGCCAAGCGGAGGCUCUGACCACUGACCUCAAUUCAGUGGGUGCAAAGUACAAAAGAAACUUCCACUAUGCCGUCGGAUAUAACAGUCCAAUGACGAUGUUUAACAGGCACAACGAGGUGUGGUACGUCGUCGAGGAUGAGCCGGUCUGUACCAGCAGUGAGGAAUUGGAUUCCUAAAUGAUCUUGACAAUGACUGCUUACAGUAAACAUGGUAUAUGAAAAGAUGUUGUAAUUGUCAGAUAACAAGUAAAGAGCACAGGUUCCAAAAAUGUUGUUAGGUUUGAAUUAAUCAAAUACACCAUUUAGUAGAUGGUUCUAUACCACCGUAUAGUUGUUGUUGUUGUUGUUUGUGGUUCUAUUCAAUAAAAUUACUCCAUUGCAUUUUGGUGGUUGUUAACCAA